AUGAUAAAAGUUUCUCCGCUCCAGAAGGGCAAUAGCGUGCUAGGCUAUCUUUCGAAUACAUCUUGGCACUACGACAACUCGAUAACACCCGACUACGAGAUAAACAGCUCUGUGGCUUUGCUGUUCCUGUCUCUUCGAUUUCACAGCUGCAAGCCGGAGUAUAUCCACAAGAGAAUCAGCAAGCUCAAGCCGUACAAGACGAGGGUGCUGCUGGUGCAUGUCGACAUUCCCAACUACAGCAAAAUGAUCCGGGAGCUGUUUGAGACGACAUCGCUGACGAUGGUGUUAGGAUUCAGCGUGGAAGAGUGUUCGAGGUACAUCCAGGGGUUCAACAUUGCCGGGAGGAGAUCGAUCGAUGUAAUAAGGAGAGGAAGUUGUGAUGGAGAAGGGUUUCUAUGCACCUUCCCGAAGGUAAACAAAAGCGAUGCUCAGCAGAUACUCGGAGACUGCGGAACGCUUCAAAGAUUUUUCGGAAGGUCUUCUGGGGAGAUGGAGAGGAUACAAGGGCUGGGGAAGUCUAAGGCUGAGGAGAUCAUCAAAUACCUAAAUAUGCAGUUUGAGUGA